UCGGUUCGGCUCUGCCCGCUCGAGCUCGGCUCGGGAUCAAUGGUCCUUUGCCCGUGCCUUGUUGCUGAGGGUGCGAAAGGCCCGCGAGCCGGGGGUUGUCAGUUCUGCCGUCUUCUGGGAACACCUUUUCUUUGGUGAAUCUUAAGUCUUUUUCCUCAGUGCUGCCUCGGGUAUAGGUGAGCACCCGAAAUAGACGCCUUCGGCCCGAGGUGAGAUAGCGAUGUGCAACGCCGUGUUGCCAAAGGGUUUUACUAAGUGACUAACAAAACCUGAACAUCAGGAAGAGCAGGAAACAUUGUCCAUAGUGAGUUAUUGGAUGGCUGAAAUUUGGCUUGACUAUUGAGUUGCUGAAAUGUUUUGCUGCUUGAGAACCGUGAGAAGGUUAUGUCUGGACAAGAUAUUGCUACAGUGUGUUCUUCAGGCAAGAACUUUGUCAGGAGCUGAUGCCAUCAAUGCUCUCAGACCUUUCUAUUUUGCUGUACAUCCAGAUUUCUUUGGUCAGCAUCCCAAAGAGAGGGAAGUAAAUGAAAACUCUCUGAAGAGGUUAAAUGGCUACUUGGAGAACCUACAGAAACCAGGAUUUCGUUCCUUGAAGCCAACUCAACUUACUUUUUAUGUAAGAGAAACAGAACCAAACUCUUCUAAUGUUCAAGAAUCCUUCAGUGCUUCAGGGUUUCGAGCAGUCAGUUUUACGUUGCGUACUAGGGAUCUCCUGAGCACAGUAUUAGAUAUUCUCAACUCCUGCAGUUUAUCUACAGAGCAUAUUCAGAGUUUGAACGUGAACUCUCAGCCACACAAGGAAGCAAAAAGCACAGUGAACAGACCUAUCAAAUGGGAUAAGACUUAUUAUUCGUUUACUGGAUUCAAGGAUCCUGAGGAGGAACUAGAACAAGCCCACAGAGUGGAAACAACUUUAAUAUCCUGGCUAGAUGAUAAUGGAGCAAGUGCAGUAAAAAAGCUGAAAAAGAGUUUGCCGCUUAGAAAAGAACUAGAACGUUUAAAAUUUGAACUUCGUAAUGAACUCCAGCUCUCAGAUAUCAGGUGGCAGAGAAGCUGGGGUAUUGCUCACCGCUGUAGCCAACUGCACAGUCUAGCUCGCUUAGUCCAACAGCGACCUGAAGUAUUAAAGAAUGUUAAAGGGCGCACAGUGGUAUUUACAGACCGCUCGGGUAUGAGUGCAGCAGGUCACAUAAUGCUGGGGACCAUGGAUGUUCACCAUCACUGGACCAAAAUUUUUGAGAGACUGCCAAAUUAUUAUAAGCUUCAAAAAAGACUGCUGUUCUUGGAAGAUCGGAUAAGUGAACUUCUGGGAGGCAUACAAGUAAUAUAUAUUGAAGAACUGCAACCUUUGUGGACUCUAGAAGAGUACUACGAGACUCUGAACUCUUUCUAUAACAAAUUACGUGACAGUAGACUGCCUUUUCAUCCUCGCAGUCUGCGAGGUUUGCAAAUGAUUCUGGAAAGUGACAGAUAUGCACCAAGCUUACAUGAAUUUGGACACUUUAUGAUCCCAACGGUCUGCGAUCCAGCAGCUCUUCAAUGGUUUAUUUUUGCCAAAGCACAGGAAGCAAGAGAGAAUCUGAAAAGAAAGGAGGAGAUGAUGAUUACAGAAAAAGAGCUAAUUGAUACUUCCACUGAAAAAUUCUCUUUGGAUCGGCUGUAUAAGGAGCCAAGUGUUUCCAGUGCACAGAUGAUAGAUUGUUGUAAGCGGCUGCUGGAAGAAUCGCUGCCAUACCUACAAGGCAUGCACCUUUGCAUUUCACACUUCUACUCUGUGCUCCAGGAUGGAGACCUGUGUAUACCUUGGAACUGGAAAAACUGAGGGACAUAUCUAAUAAUCAGAUAAAUUGUUUAUUUUCUGUAAGAGGUUAUAAAUAUGAAUGUUUUUAAGAGUAAAUUAUUUAAAUCUGUAUUUUGAUAUCAGUAUUCAACAUACAAAUUUUCUUCCAGCUGCUGCUCAAGAAGGAGUGGAGUCCUAGACAAUUUGCACAAUGCACAGUAUUGGUAGUUCUGAAAAAGACAUUUGUACAUCAUCCAUACUACUGUAGAAGUCCAAUGUAUGUUAGCAGUUGUGAAACUGCAUUUUUGUAGUGAAUUCUGAAAAUACAUUAAAUUGUGAGUCUGCAAAAAUGUGCAUGUGUAUUUUUGAUAUACAUGAAUAUUGCCAGAUAGAUCACCUUAAAGAGUGUACUAUUCAAAGCAGACAUUAUAUGUUAUCUUAAGGGAUUCAUUGAAUGCAGAAGUUCAGUACAUAAUUCAUCUACUGGCAACGUUGGUAUUUCAUACUGCUGCUUAUUACUGAAUUAGGAAAAAACAAAAAAGCAAGGGAAAACCAACAGAAUAUUUCUACUUUGCCGAAGAAAACAGUACGUUAACUUGGUCUCUACAGCAGAGUUUCGUAUGCUGGUCCAACAGUAUUGCCUUAGAAUUCCAAAAUACACCAGUUGUACUGUCUGCAGUUACUUUAAAGCAGAUGUCAUUCUCUUUUUGUUUUCCAGCAUUUGCUCCAAAAUACAGACAAUCCUCUUUACUUACACUAUAACAGAUUGCAAAUCCCAUUCACAACACUUAAAACCUGAGUAGUUUAAUGUGACAUCUAAGGAAAGGAAGCAUUGAUUUGUGUGGGAUUGUCUGCAAGAGUAAGUAUUUCUCAAUAAGAACAAGGAGUUUGCAGUACGGCAAAUGGAUCUUUACUGGUACUUUAUUCUUCGAAAAAAAACAUGAAAUAAAGUCUGAAUGUAUGUCAACACUUUUGCAUUGUAAUAUGUGCCAAGAUGCAUUUUGGUAUUUGGAUUACUACUUUACAAAAUAUCUUUUGAGAAACACCAACUGCUUAACAUUUCUGCACUUGAAUUCAU